AUGGCCCCUGUUGAUAGCCCGUAUGGGCGAUCACAACGCGCUCAGCAGCGUCCUUACUACGUUCCUUCUUCUGCGGUCGACGAUAGCAUCGCCAAAGCAUCAUCUUCUACUCCUUCCCGCUCCGUCCCAAAGACUUCGACUCUUACUCCACAGAAUGGCUCCGCGUCCACUUCAGCACCGAUCGCCUCUUUGAAUGGCAAGCCUCGCGCUGCACAUGGUGUCUCGAGUACGGCGGCUUCGCGACUUGCUCAAAUCUCUCCCUCAGCAUAUGACUGCUUCAACGAGGUAGCCUGGGUCGUCGACCUGAGCUCGCGCAUCGGAAACGCUCUGCAAAGUCCAAUUCCACCGCCACCAGUCUCAGCUCAUGACUCGUUUGCUGGCUCCCCAUCUUCAUCCUCUUCACAAGCUCAUUUCGAUCUUCUCCCUCGACAUCGCGUACGCCUCCCUCGGCCCAGUAAAGAAUUUAGAGACUUGCAACAGAGGCUCGGACUCACUCAGAGCUCAUCUUCCUUCUCCAUCGAUCUCGAUACCAGUGCAGACAUGACUGCAACAAGCACUUCGGCAUCAACGCGACCUAAAGACCCUGACUCGGCCAUUCAGUGGGUCCAACAUGCUCAAGACGACUUUGAGCGUCGUCGCGCAGAUCUCGAGCGCUCUCGCCAAGGGCUCUUGAAACGCUUGGAAGGAGACCAUCAAAACAGCGAUACGUACGCACACGAUGGCGAAGGAGAAGCGCAGCAUGCAGCCGAAGGUCCUGUCCAUCCAGCAGUUGAGCGAAGCAUGCUUGCUGCCAAAUCUCUCCAAGAGCUCAUGCGCAGCGGUGGCUUGCAGUCCGAAGACGGCAAUGACGCAGAGCCCGGCUUUGCAGACUUGCUUGCCACUGCUGAGCCUAUUCCUGGUGGUUCAGCCUCUCCUGGCCCUUCGUCCCUGUUUGAAGCCAACAAAGGCUCGGACGGCACCCUCAACAUCGAAGCUAUCCUUCAACAGCGUGCCAAGAUGGCUCCACUCGAUGACCAGAACGAAGCCGGUCCAUCUCAAAACAGAAGAAGUAUGCUCGACCUCUCCCAAGCUCCUCCUGCUCAGCCAGCCAAGAAGCCCGUUAUCGAGGUGCUGGAUGCUGACGCGCCUGCCUCGGCCUCAGAUGAGUCGUCGCAAGCAGACAGUGAUGAUAACGAGGAAGUUCAUGCGCAAGGUGCUUCCGACAGAGCCUCCAGUCAGGCAUCUAGCAAGUCGGAUAAUUCCGAGUCAGAGUCUGAUGCCGAGACGGGUCAGCAGCACCAUGCAUCUGCCCGCAACAGAACACAAGAACAAUUGGCAACUUCUCAGCGUGCAGCACCGCAUCCUAUGGACCAGAUCGCCAUCGUUGAUGGUGUCUUCAAGAUCAUACCUGCUCGUUCGGACGACGCCAUCGACGCACAGGGCAGCAGCGUUGUAGCAGAAUCUGAAGAGGAAGUGCGCGAGAGUCGCAUCAGCGAAGAUGAGAAGGUGCAAGAUGCAUCCGACGAUCAGGACUCAGAGACUGAUGCCGACGAUAACGACGAGGAAGAUGAGAUAAAAGACCAAGUUGAGCACGACUACACUGCAUCACGAGGUUCGAAUCAGUACCGCGACGGUGUUGGUGGAAUGAGCACCCGCGAUCUCCUCUUCGAAGGUCCCACUGGUGAAGCUGAUGAACCCAUCGUCCUUUCCGACUCUGACGACGAAGGCGAAGACGACUCGGACCAACAAGGACAGCGAGGAGAUGUAAGAGACGACGAUGAAGAGAUGGAAGAUGACCUGCAAGAUGAGCUCGACGAGGACUCGGCAGAUGGCUGUGAGAGCGAGCAAAAACAUACUCCACGAGACCGUGCUGACGUCCCUGGCCAGCAAGCUUUCGAGCCACAGCGGCAACGACAGGGUCUAGAUCAGGCGGACGACGACCAGGAAGAGGACGAGAACGAUGAAGCGGGAGAGAGUGAGGCAGGCGAGCAGAGCGGCGAAGAGGGUAUCGAUGCAAAUCAGGAGUUUAUCAGGCAAAUCCAAGCCCAGAGCGCUUCCGUUUCCCGUGAUCUGGGCGCAAAAGUUGUCGCAAGCGCCGGGACUGAUAAUAUCACGGAGCAACAGCCGCAAAGCGAUACCUUUGCCGCAAGCCUCGAGCAGCCACAGCCCACAGCCACUGCCGACGAUCAGGGAGACGCAAAAGUUGUCGCAAGCGCCGGGACUGAUAAUAUCACGGAGCAACAGCCGCAAAGCGAUACCUUUGCCGCAAGCCUCGAGCAGCCACAGCCCACAGCCACUGCCGACGAUCAGGGCGACGCAAUGCCUGACAGCGAAGUCGAGCCUGAGGAGCUAGACGAAGACCUAUGCUGGUCCGAAAUCGAGGCAGAUCAGCGGGACGAUGAAGACUCCCGCGAUGCAGAUCUGCCGCAAAGCGCAGCGGUCGACUCUGCAUACCGCGCAAUGCAUGGCUCGCAGCCGACAACGGGCUUCGUCAAGGUUUCUCAGCUUCUUGCCGGCAUGCAGGAUGCUGGUUCCAAUGCGAAUGGCGAAGAGAAAGCGUCCAACGGUCGCUCGGAUCCUACGAUGGGAUCGAUCGAUCCAGAGAUACUUGCAAGCUUUGCUAAGUCCCCGGCUUCCGACGCUACUGCCACAGCCUCCACUGCGAUCGGGGCCGAAUCCUUUCAUCUUGAGCGAACCGCAUCUCAGACGGAGGCGGACAUCUUUGACGCCUUCACGCGUCAAGACGCAUCAACGGACGCCAACGAACCAAGCUCGCAGAGCGACGCCAAUGUUGAACCAUUGUUGCAAUCUGAGCCAGCAGAGCAGCACACGCAACACGAUGAAAUCAAGGACGGUGAUGCCGACGCAACCAUGCAGCAGCCAUCACCGCAGCCCGAUCAAGCCAUCAAUCAGCGAGAAGAAGCAGAAACGGAAACAGCGCAGGAGCAAGAGGAGAAAGCGCGGGCCGCCGUUGAGCGGGAGACCGAGUUACCUGAGGAUUCUGCACCGACCGUCAAGGACGAUCACAAACCUGUUGUUGGCGAAGCAGAGCCAGAUGCUCACGCCACUGUCGCUAAGGUAGAGGAAACAUCGACCGAAAGCCCGGCAGCAGCUCCUUCGCCGCUAACUGCGGAUGAUGCCAUCAUUAGUGAUGCACCUGUCGAUCCCGAUAAGCCGGUCCUGGAGCGCGUCGAGAGCACCGAUGUGUUGGAAGCAGACGUCGAGGACAACAGCGAAGAUGAGGCUACAAACGAAGACAUUGCCAUCGAAAAAGCUCGUGAAGAUAGCGCUUCUGCACAUGACGUCCCUGCGAACACCGAGCUCGCUGCACCCAGCGCUCCAAUCGGCGAAACCGACAACAUUGUCAUCGAUGCAGAGAGUGUUCAAAACACUGCUGCAAAACUGCCUGACGUUGCAAACCAGGCGCUUCAGAAGGCAGUACAGAACGAAGUCUCCCAGCCACGUAGCGCAUCUGUCGUCCCGGAAGACGAAGGCAUCAUGAGCGGCGAUCUUGCUGAUCGCGACAGCUCCAUCGAAAAACAGGCCACUCCCUCGACCAGCAAAGCUCCCAGCGUUGGUCCGGAGGCUAAAGAUCAAGUUAUGGAUGAUGCGACGGCAGUUCCAGAACCCGUCGAAGCAGACCCGACAGGAUCAUCGAGCACCUCCAACAAGGUCAAAAAAGCCGGAGAUUCUGACCCAGAGGAAGAGGAAGUUGCUGAGGAGACAGAAGAACUCGCUGAGGAGAACGAAAAAACUGCUGAGGAGAAAGGGGAGGCUGCUGAAGAGAUUGAGGAGGCUGCUGAAGGAGACGGAAGCCGAGGACGUGAUCGACAAGGCAGCGAAGCUGUCGUCGAACGCUUGGACGACAAUGUCAAGCCUGAGAGCAAACCCGUCACCAACGCAUCUGAAUUGCCAACCCUCAACGAGCCAGCAAGGCAGAACGAGGACACUGAAGCGCAGUCGUCAAGCAGCUUGCAUGCUCUGGUCUCUGCUGGCCGCGUGCCGCCAUCACCAGCAUCCUCGGAUCGCCGUUCGACUUCGAGCUUCACGCCCUUUGCCAACCGACUUGGCCAUCGCCAUCUGCACGGAGCCACCAAGAGAAAUCUGUUCGCGCAAAUGACCGAGGCUGCUUCAAACUUCGCCAGCAGUUUCACUGCACCUCUUCGUUCUCUUCCCUCUUUGCUCCCUAUUCGCGAGAGGCAGGCAAGUGAGAAAGAAGAGGAUGACGACAAGCAGGAUGAGACGGAAACACCAGCAGAAGUUGUAGCCGAGAGCUCCAGUACUGCGGAGACUCGCCAGCCGAUCAGUCGUUCUACGAAGCAAAUUGAGCCUGCUGAGUACACCAUUACCACCCGCUCUCACUGCCUUUACCGACGACUCGAGCUGACCGACAUUGAGCGCAUGCCAGCAUUCAUCGUCCCUGGCUGCUCGAUCAACCACGAGAAUGCUCGCGCUGAAAAGGCUCGCGAUUUGGGCGUUGCACCCGAACAGGAGUCGGAUGACUGGAUGGAUGUUGACCCGGAUCUGCUGCCACUCGACGUGCAUCAGAAACUCAGCCGAAUCGUCGGUAUCCAGAUCCUGCGCGAAGGUAUCUUUGCAGAACCUGACUCCUCUGCAGCCAAGCUGCUCAUGGACGGCUAUCAGAUCGACUUGGACCUCACGACGUCUUUCGAUGACAAGGCGGAUCCCAAGAAGGCACUCUUCGAGAAGGACGCUGAGGAGCACAAGGCAGUCUCCUUUGACGAUCCAAAAGCUGAAGUCAAGGAGGAGCACAAGAUGGAUAUCAGUCACGAUGAGGACGCGGAGCAGAAGUCGGACGUGCAGCAAUCGAGCCUAUUUACUCCAGUCAAGAUGGAGGCAGGAGACGAAGUCAAGGACGAGAUUAAGGAUCCCGAAACUCCCUUGCGCACUACUAGGCAGAGCUCGCGACACCGAAGAGCUGGCAGCGCUGCUUCUACAUCAAGUCAUCAUCGGUCUCCUCGUCACCCUGACCCGACUAAUGCCGAUGCCGAUUAUCUUCCUGACGACGAGAGGAAGAGUCUGUAUCGAAACAGACAUACAUCAGCUGGUGCUCCUGGCGAUGCUUCCAUCACUUCGCUGGAAGAGCAACUUACAGCUGGCGAAGACGAUGAAGGCGAUCGGAUCCUGCCAGAUGCUGAACAAGACGCUGAGAAAUCCGAAGACACUCGAGAGGCGGCAGUCGACGAAUCCAUCACACCAUCCCCGCCAAAGAGGAAGCGCGGACGUGCAAGAAAGAGCGCAGCAACUGCUGACACGACCUUCGAGCCAUUUGCAGAUGAUGAAAAGCAAGCCGAUCAAGAGGAUGUCGAACCACCUGCAGAAUCCAAGCCGAGGAAGGGCCGUGGUCGCAAGAGAGCAGCCUCGUCCGUCGAAGUGUCCAGCGAAAGUCAAGUUCAGGAAGAACAGGGCCUCCAAGACGCUGCCGCCGUCGAAGGAGCAACUGGAACCGCUUCUCCCAAGUCGAAACGUCCUCGUCGUGGACGCAAAUCCAAAGAGGUACCUGCAUUUGACCCAGCCAACGAGGAGGCAAAGAAGGAAGCGGAGGACGGAGAAAAUGACGAUCAUCGAGCAGGUAGCUUUCUGCGAACGAGGUCCACACGCAAAGAUGAGGGCGCAGUGCUGGAGCAGAUCGAUGACGAGCAGCAUGAGGAGCAGGCGACCGAAAAGCCGGCCGACAGCGGUGAAGUCGGACAAGGUGGACGCCGUUCGAGGAAGCGAAAGCAGGCUGCUACCGAAGACUCUUCGAGCGUAGCCGAAGCGACCCCAGCUGAAACUAUCUCGAACGUCGACGAUGCUGAGAGUGGCAAGCAACCACGUCGGAGCCGCCGGUCUCAAGGAGGGUCGCGAGCUUCAAGCGUCAGUCCUAGCAAGACCACCCCGCGAAAGAAUGCCAAGCGCAAGGUGUUGAAGCUCAACUAG